CUGGAAAAGAGUGACAGAGAGCGCGCCAUCAGAGAAGUUAUCAAAAACACAAUGAAUUACGACUUACACCUUCCCUGGACCAAAGUAAACAUUAUUGCAGAUGAGUCCUCUCAAACCUUCAACAUCCAAAAAACUGAAACACCUAGACCCCAUCAAAUACACCUGCACCCACAGAGGAAAUGA